AUGCCAUCGGGCAGAUCAGGUAGGGCAAAGGACAAGAGCUUGCCUUGCCUGGCCUCGGACUCUAUACUAAACCCACAGUUACCUCUUCAAUAUACUAACGAUGGGAAAUCUCUGUUAAAAAAGCUUACUAAUAACCAAAUCAACACUACCCUAGGACCAGCCACCUCAACAAAGCGACGGCCUGGAAAAGAUCAUAACAGAACACAGGAAAAAUGCUCAGAAAAGAAUUGUAUACAAGGCGAAAAAUCGUUUAUCAAUGAAAGCUUAGCGAUAGAAGGAAAAGCAGAUAACCAAGAGGAACCCCUUUUUAUGGUCAACAAAACGUCUUCGGGCUCCUUACUGGAAAGAGAAAAAGGAAAAUAUACAAGUGCUGAUAAGCAGGGACAAAUGAGUUCAGCACAAUCUUCUGCCAACGUUUGGGUCUGUGAAAAUAAUAUUAUUUCUAAAAAGUCCGAUGUCCAUCCUGGAGAUUUCGAGCACAAAGAGACUGGUAGACGCAAGGAGAAUAAACGGUCUGCAAAAAAGGACGGAGAACGGGAAGUGAUUAGGAUAAGUGGGCGAAGUGAUGAAGGAAACCAUGAAGACUAUCAUAAUGGAUCUAUCAGUGAUUCCGGUAGAAGUAGUUUAAGUAGUGGUGAGCCAGUUUCUUCAACGAGACCUGAAGUUGAAGAGGAUGAAGGAGAAGCUGAAGAAGGAGAGGAAGCGGAAGAGGUCGAAAGAGAAUCCAAAAUAAACCCGAUUAUUCAAAAGAGAGACCAGAGGGCAAAAGCAUUAGAUUCUACGCAGGCCCAAAAUGAAAAAAAUGGAACCAUUCGUCAUGAUCUUAUAAAACCUGUUGCUAGGCUUAACAAAAAUUGGGUCCCAUCUGUAAGUGGAAGUAAAAUCGGUGACCAUGAAGUCAAUUCUACGCUCAAUUACUCAAGAUCAGGAAGAGGUACCGCCAAGGAGUGCAAUCGAGACAAAAGGGAAAAGGAUUCUGUAUAUCUUUCAGAGGCCAAACAAGAACAUUCAAGGUUAACAGGAAAUAUAAAUACGAGUGACAUAGAAUCUGACAAAUGGAUGGAAAAAUGUUCCACUUCAAUGAAAGAAAAUACAGCAACUCUGCGACCAAAUUGCCAAAAAGAAAUGUCAAGAAUAGAUACAGUUAUGCCUGGACAGCUGGUUUCAGUCGUAAUGGUCUUUCAUGCAAAACGUGCUAAAGGUACACAUCCGCUAAACGUUGCUGAUACAUGGCAGGAAACAAUUAGUCCACUACAGCCAUCCGAUACGUCAUCAGAAGCUACGGUUGUCGCUGGAGAAAUAACAAACUCAGAGGAAUCAUGCCAAUUCCGUUGUCAGAAGCCUAAUAAAAGAGGAAAAUUGCAGGAUACUGAAGAAAACAACGUAAAUAGCUCGUUAAAAAAAGAAGAGACGGUAAGUAUAGUGAGCGAGUUUUAUUUUUAUCCUAUUAAUUAUUGCACGUGUUUCUAG